AUGGAGGCUAUCCUGCUUCGUGGGCCGUUGGAUCAAUCGAUUUCCCCGCACAAAUCCCAAAUUAGAAACCCUAGCAACAUCCGCCGCCCUUUCAUCUCUAUGCCCUCUGAUAGUUUUCCGCCGCCGGAUUCCCACACAAUCGGCGGCCUUUUCCGUGCCCAGCCGCCGUUUCUAUCCCACUCGUACCCUCCCUACCAAGCCCACCAGCCGCCGCUGCUCCCCCUACCCUCCGCCUCCGGCAGCAGAAAGCCCAAUAACGGCGGCGGCCGGACCAGAGGUCCCUCCCUCACCCCCAAUAAGUCGAAAUUCCCCAGAAAGGAAGCCGUAAAACCCUACCGGAACGCUGCUAACGGGUCCCGUUUGGCCUCGUCAUCAGGUAAGAUCGUUGAUUAUGGUGCUGAUUAUUGUGUAGGUGCUAACGGUUUUUGUUCAGCGGGAAGUGAUCCGGGGGCCGGCGCGUUCUCUGGGUCGGCUGCGUUUGGGACCUCACCGCCUCCCAGCAGCCUGCCCCUGCCGACCUUUACCCUGAGGCCGAAGCUUGCAGCCUGCCGAGCUGAGGUCGCCGCUGGGAUUGACGCCGGAGCCACCGACGAUCUCCGGCGACUGCUCCGCAUCCGGUGA